GCUGCUUUAAGGACGAAGCGUCAUUGAACUGGCUGCUGACGUUCUCUAUCUGCACCCCCCACACAGCCCCGGGUUUUCUUAUAUAGUACAGUUAUUAAGUGCCAAAGAUUUAUUACAGGCUUGUGAUAGAAAGAGACAGCAGCGUCUAGCAACAGGGUAAACGUUAUCUUGCAGGAAGUUAACCUGAAGCGAAGGGAAAUUAUUCCACUUUGUAAGCAACAAGAAUCUCUGGAUUUAAAGAGACAGGGCUUGUGGGUACAAGCUGCAAUAAUGUUUGCUCAAAGUGUGGUCCUCCUGCAUCUGGCUUGUCUGCCCCUGUGCCUUGCGCAGAAUGGUGCAUUCUACAUUAACGGCAAUGGAAAUGGCAAUGGGAAUGAUUACAACAGCAUCAAGCUUCAUAUUGAAACCCAGAAGGACAGACUCUUUGCCUACCGAGGGGAGAAUGUGACCCUGACUUGUCAUUACCAUUAUGAACCAGCAGUGAACGUGACCCGAAAGGUCAGGGUUAAAUGGUCCAAACUCAACAUGGAUUUCUCCAAAGAGAGCGAUGUUAUUGUGGCAAUUGGACUGCGCCAUCGCAGUUUUGGGGAGUUCAGGGGUCGUGUGUACCUGCAGCAGAAUGAUGAGCGUGAGGUGUCGCUGGUCAUCACUGAUGUCAGGCUGGAGGAUUAUGGGAAGUACAAAUGUGAAGUGAUUGACGGGCUGGAGGAUGAAAGCAGCAUUGUUGAGCUGGAGUUAAGAGGUGUGGUCUUCCCUUACCAACCACGCCAUGGACGGUACCAGCUGAACUUCCACCAUGCCAAGCAAGCCUGUGAGGAGCAGGAUGCCAUGAUCGCCUCCUUUGAGCAGUUGUUCCAGGCCUGGGAGGAGGGGUUAGAUUGGUGCAACGCUGGCUGGCUGAUGGAUGGCUCGGUGCAGUACCCCAUCACAAUGCCACGUGGCCCGUGCGGUGGCAAGCACAACUCUGCGGGUGUCCGCAAUUACGGCCAGCGGCACAAAAACCUCUACCGAUAUGAUGUGUUUUGUUUCGCCUCGACUUUGAAAGGUAAACUGUACUUUUUACGCCGUCCGCUGAAGUUCACCUUUGACGAAGCUGUGAAAGCCUGCCACGCCGAUGGCGGCGAGAUUGCUAAAGUGGGCCAGCUCUAUGCCGCCUGGAAGUUCUUCAAGUUUGACCGCUGUGAGGCUGGCUGGGUCGCUGAUGGCAGCGUUCGCUACCCCAUCACCUUCCCACGGCCUAAGUGUGGCCCACCAGAGCCAGGGGUUCGCUCUUUUGGCUUCCCGAGGAAGGAGAAUGCAAAGUUUGGUGUCUACUGCUUUAAGCUGAGCUAAACGCCAGGGUGUGUGGCUGUGUUGAUCACAGGAGGACCUACACUUCAGUUGCCUUCAUGGAUUAUAGCGGCGGUACUCAUCUUUUAAAGGUGAAAUCAGAUUAUUUAAGGAAAACCAUUAGAUUACUUUAUGAUCCUCAAAUCUAAUUGGAGAAUCCUUUGCUAAUUUGCAUCAAUUUGAAAUUUCCCACAUACAUUUUGUUUUUGAUUUCCAUACCUCAUUGACUUAUAUUCAUUUCAGGAGGACCUUGGAUGAAGAAAGUAUUAAACGUGGCCUGUAAGAAUUCACUAAGGCAGCUUUCGAUAAUUAAAAUGGCUCGUUAUAUGCUAAUAUUCCAUGCUGUCAAUUUUGCAUUCAGAAUCUCUCUUUCCCCUGACUUCCACAUGCUUCCCUCAACGCUCCUUCCUUUUUGUUUCUGCGCUGUUCUGUCUUCAUUUAAGAGCCCAGAAUAGUUCAAGCAGUGAUCUCAGUCAUUGCAACCAGGGGUCAAGUCAACUUAUUUGGAGGCAGAAGACUUAAAGCAGCAUUGUGAGGUACCCCUAGAACCAUGAGUUUGGGGUUUAACAAAUGAACCCAAGGUAUCACCUCUGGAAUAUUUAAAUUGAAAUGUUAUAAUGCAGCGCAUCAUACUUUGUAAAGCAUGACAUUAUAUUAACAAACUGAGUUCAAUCAUUGAUGCUUGGGGAUGGCACGGUGUCUCAGUGGUUAUCGCCUCAGCCUCACAACACCAGGGUCCUGGGCUCGAUUCCACUCUCGGGUGACUGUCUGUAUGGAGUUUGCACAUUCUUCCUGUGUCUGUGUGGGUUUCUUCCAGGUGCUUUAAUUCUUUUUCUCUUUCUUCCCCCCACCACAGUCCCAAAGCUGUGCGGGUUAGGGUGGACUGGCCAUGCUGAAUUGCUCCAUAAUGUCUGGGGAUGUGCAAGCUACGUGGAUUAGCCAUGGGAAAAUGCAAGGUUACAGGGAUAGCGUAGGCAUGCUGGGUCUAGGUGGGAUGCUCUUUGGAGGGUCAAUGUGCACUUGAUAGGCUGAAUGGCCUGCUUCCAUACUGUAAUGAUUCUAUGAUUAACAACCAGUUUACAUAAUCAUUGCGGUCCAGUGUUCAGCUCUGUAAUAUGACACAGCUCACCAUGUUGGAAAAAGUGCUGUACACUAGAUCCUGUCAUUAUGUGGCUAAGUUAGGUGAAGCAGCAUCCCAAAACAAAAUUGUAUAUUGCAAGAUACAAUUUGAAGAGCAAAUUUUUUAUCAGUAAGUUGACAUUGAUUUUGCAUAUUUUGGAAUUAGGGUUGGUAAAACUUAAGCGUUUUGUGAUAGACCAGAGAUCAGAGAAGAAAGCCAAACAGAAAUGGCUGAAUGAUAUGUGAACCUCCUCCAACAGGAACUCCCCAUAUUGAGGAAGUUAAAUUGCCUCAUCCUAAAGUGGUCACAAGGACCAGACUCAGAGCAUCUUCUUUUUUGCCCAACUUCACACAAUUGCACCUGUGUCCUGAGAAAAUUGAUGCCACUCCAUUUUGUACAGGAAACAAAGAUGAGUAGUCACACAUUUCCUCAGGAAUAAAGUUGCACAUCUCGAAAGCAUAAGAACGUAAGAAUUAGGAGCUGGAGUAGACAAUUCAGCCCCUUGAGCCUGCUCUGCCAUUUGAUACAAUCAUGGCUGAUCUUACUUUGGCCUUGACUCAACUCUCUAUCCUACUCCCAUAACCCUUCAAACCAUUACUAAUUAAAAAUCUGCCUGUUUCCUUUUUAACCCAAGUUAGACCGCUGAGGAUCAGCACCCUCACAAUGAAGUGACACAAUAAGGGCUGGGCCAGGGAAGACCCUCUUACAGAAGUGUGGAUGGGUAAAUUACAAUCAGUAAUGUACUGUUUAUCUUGUGCUGCAUCCUGCCAGAUAUGUCUUCUCCAGUCUGUCACUAAUUUUUAACUGGGUCAGCUUAAGCUUUGGAAUGACAUGGGCCUGCAAGCUUUUACAACUUCAGAAUAAUUUCGAGUGGAGUCACCAGUGAAUCUUAGGUUUACACCUGAGUUGUGACAGAAUUUCUCUCCAUGACCCCCAUGCCCACUGAAGGUGCUGGUUGUCUGUAAUGGGACAGUUCUACCAGCAGCCCAGUAGCGUCCAUGUGGUGAACUGUUCGACCUUAGCAACACAUUUGAACGCAACCUUGUCCUUAUCCAAUGUCCAGAGCAGUCACAAGGCAGACUUAAAGGCAUGAAUGCUGGCUAGUUCUUCCCUCAGGUUCAAGGGCACUGAGGUUUAGGGUACCAUUCCCCACCCCUACUCUGUCUGCACAACAGACCAGCGUUUGAACCUCAUGCCUUUUUUUAUCUGUGAUAAUGGGAACUGCAGAUGCUGGAGAAUCCAAAAUAACAGUGUGGAGCUGGAUGAACACAGCAGGCCCAGCAACAUCUUAGGAGCACAAAAGCUGACGUUUUGGGCCUAGACCCUUCCGAAGCUGCUUGGCCUGCUGUGUUCAUCCAGCUCCACGCUUCGUUAUUUUGCCUUUUUUAAUCGGUGUUGUGAGUAGAGUCUAGUGCAUUUUUUCUCACUGAGCCAUCAGCAGAACUGAGGCUGGGUUAUUGUUCCAGGUUCUGAAAAGUCUUGGGAGUCUACUGACCAGUUUAAAUUCAAUGAAUGCAAUUUAUUUCACACUUGCUGUCUUAAAAGAGAAUAUCUGAUUUUAUCUUUAAAAUUUGAGUACUCUGACCAACUGAGAAACCAAUGAUUAUGUACUGUUUGCCCAGGAAGCAAAGGAGACCUUUUUAAUGGUUAGAGUUUGAUGUUUAAUAAGACUGCGGAUAUCUGCAGCAACCUGCCACAUUGCAGGAGAGAGGGAGAUGGAGGAAUUAUGCUAAUUUGCAUUUUUAAAGGUUUUAUGGAUAUGUUACAAUGUUGUAUUAGUUUGAAGAGGAUGUCACUGUCACUCAGAUUUUGGUUUAGAUUGUGUAGGACACAAUUGUGUAGUGCAGUUUUACAUUACUGCUCUUUUUCACUGGAACCUCACAUCCAUGCACUUUCCAGCUGAUUCAUCUGCUCCUGAUCCACUCUCCAUUCCAAAUCCAUAGAUUCUGAGACCAAUUGUAUUGCUCCUAUCUGACAGAAAUUGGGAAGCAGGAGUCUGCUAAUUUAGCACAGGGGAGCAGCCUGUUUGGAGAAUUAAUUUUUCUACACCUACAAUACCUGAACAAAGUUAUCUGCAGACUGGGUUAUGUACAUUUGUAUAAAAAAUGGCCUGAAAAUGCUUUAAACCUAAAGGUAUAGACCCUGCAUGUGGUAUUUAUUCAAUUCAGAAUGUUUAUUCCAAACCAAAUUUUCAUUUAAAAGAUAAAUAAAUGCUAUAACAGAAA